AUAAUAAAAAAGAAGUAAGAUUCUCUCCGCCUCCUUUAUAAGAAUCGACACAGAGACGAAGAAGAAAUCAAAUCACUCAAAAACUCAUCAAAAUCAAAUCUCAAACACAGAGAAGAAACAAAAAUGGCCGCAGAAGGAGAAGUUAUCGCUUGCCACACCGUCGAAGAAUGGACUGAGAAGCUCAAAGCCGCCAACGAAUCCAAGAAACUGAUCGUGAUCGACUUCACUGCAACAUGGUGCCCACCUUGCCGUUUUAUUGCACCCAUCUUUCCUGAGUUGGCCAAGAAGCACCUAGAUGUGGUGUUCUUCAAGGUCGAUGUAGACGAAUUGAACGCUGUUGCUAAGGAAUUUGACGUCCAGGCAAUGCCAACGAUUAUCUUCAUGAAAGAAGGAGAGGUCAAGGAUACCGUGGUUGGUGCUGACAAAAAUGAAAUCCUUACCAAGCUCCAGAAGCACACUAGCGUUGCUGCAGCUUGAUUCGCUUUCUCUCUACCUAUGUUGCUAAAACGUUUAGUGUUUUAAUAAAUCCUUGUUCACCUGAGUCUUUUACCUUGAUUGUGCUCUAUGUGUGGUGAAUAAAUGUUGCAAACUCGAUAAGUCGCAGCUAUGCUAAUUGUUCGUUCAUGUUACUAUUACUAUUGAGAUUGUGUUGUUAUGUCAGAAUUUUCUCGGUUUACAUC